AUGCCUGUCGUUCCGCUACUCGCCUUGAUCGCGGCCUUCGCGCCGACCGCGUUGUCUCAGGACAACACCACUUAUGCGGACUAUAAUACUAAGUCACAGCCGGAUCUUUACCCUGAAACAAUGGCAAAGGUCGAUUUCUCUUUUCCAGACUGCUCCAAUGGCCCACUCAGCAAGACGAUCGUCUGUGACACCACCGCAAAGCCCCACGAUAGAGCCGCUGCCCUCAUUUCCAUGUUCACCUUGGAAGAGCUCGUGAACAGUUCUGGAAACGUCAUUCCCGCAAUUCCUCGGCUGGGGCUCCCACCAUACCAAGUCUGGAGCGAAGCUCUACAUGGCUUGGAUCGAGCGAAUCUUACCGAGUCCGGGGACUACAGCUGGGCUACAUCGUUCCCAUCUCCCAUCCUCACCAUGGCUGCCCUGAACCGCACCUUGAUCAAUCAAAUCGGUGAGAUCAUAUCAACUCAAGGCAGAGCAUUCAACAAUGGUGGUCGAUUUGGGCUUGACGUGUAUGCACCCAACAUCAAUUCCUUCCGCCACCCAGUUUGGGGCCGUGGACAGGAAACUCCAGGCGAGGAUGUCCAACUCUGCUCGAUUUACGGAUUUGAAUACAUUACGGGCGUUCAAGGUGGCUUAGACCCAAAGGAUCUGAAAUUAGCUGCAACUGCUAAGCAUUUCGCUGGCUAUGACAUCGAGAAUUGGGCCAACCAUUCAAGACUAGGAAAUGAUAUGAAAAUCAGCUCAUACGAUCUCGCUAGCUAUUACACCCCCCAGUUUAUCACAGCAGUGAGAGAUGCCAGAGUUCAUAGUGUGAUGUCGUCAUAUAAUGCAGUCAAUGGUGUUCCCUCGUCGGCCAAUUCUUUCUUGCUCCAGACUCUGCUUCGUGACACCUGGAACUUUGUCGAGGAUGGCUAUGUUUCUUCCGACUGCGACUCUGUCUACAAUGUCUUCAACCCCCACUUGUAUGCUUCUACUGCCUCACUCGCUGCGGCGAAAAGUAUACAGGGAGGGACAGAUAUUGACUGCGGUGCGACAUAUCAACUCUACCUAAAUGAGUCGCUCUCCCAGGGCGAAAUUUCUCGCAGUGAAAUCGAACGUGCUGUCACCCGUUUCUAUUCUAACCUCGUCAGUCUGGGCUAUUUUGAUGGCAGCAAUAGCAAAUACCGGGACCUUGAUUGGUCUGAUGUUGUUGCCACCGAUGCAUGGAACAUUUCAUACGAGGCUGCCGUAGAAGGAAUUGUCCUUCUCAAGAACGAUGGCACUCUACCGCUGUCCAAGCACACCCGCAGCGUCGCAUUGAUUGGACCAUGGGCAAAUGUAACAACUACAAUGCAAGGAAAUUACUAUGGCGCAGCGCCCUAUCUUACCGGCCCACUCGCUGCCCUACAGGCAUCCGACCUUGAGGUCAACUAUGCUUUUGGUACCAAUAUCUCCUCGGAAACCACUGCUGGAUUUGAGGCUGCUGUAUCCGCUGCAAAGAAGUCUGAUGUGAUCAUCUUCGCCGGUGGGAUUGACAACACCAUCGAGGCAGAGGGGGUAGAUCGCGCAAAUAUUACCUGGCCUGGUAAUCAGCUCCAGCUGAUCGAACAGCUGAGUGAUCUAGGCAAGCCAUUGGUCGUUCUACAGAUGGGCGGUGGCCAAGUGGACUCUUCAUCGCUCAAGGCCAACAAAAAUGUCAACUCUCUGGUUUGGGGUGGCUACCCCGGACAAUCUGGUGGUCCUGCAAUUCUAGACAUUCUCACCGGAAAGCGUGCACCCGCUGGUCGUCUGACAGUCACUCAAUAUCCUGCUGAGUACGCUCUUCAAUUCCCCGCUACAGACAUGAGUUUGCGUCCCAAGGGUAGUAACCCUGGGCAGACCUACAUGUGGUAUACAGGCAAGCCAGUUUACGAAUUUGGCCAUGGGCUAUUCUACACAACAUUCGAGGCAUCACUAGCCCACUCCAGCGAAACCAAGAGUCGUGAUUCCUACGAUAUUGCCAAGCUUCUGUCACGCUCAAACGAUGGAUACAAUGUGGUCGAACAAGUCCCGUUUAUGAACUACACUGUUGAAGUUAAAAAUACUGGUACUGUCACUUCUGACUAUACCGCUAUGGCCUUUGUCAACACAAAAGCCGGACCAAGCCCGCACCCCAACAAGUGGCUGGUUGGCUUUGAUCGCCUCGGUGGACUUGAUCCCCAAGCCGCUCAGACCAUGACAAUUCCCAUUUCACUCGACAAUGUGGCUCGCACUGAUGAGAAUGGUCACCGCAUCGUGUAUCCCGGCAAGUAUGAACUUGCACUGAACAAUGAGCGCUCGGCUGUGCUGUCGUUCACUUUGACCGGUGAUGCGACCACUAUUGCUACUUGGCCAAAGGAGGAGCAACUUGUUCUUCCUUCGUGA